UUUUUUAUCUUUACGAGUUUUCUUGCCUUUCGUCAGGUGAAGAAUGGAACAACACAAACAGGUUAAGGCUUUCAUCAUCCUCGUUCUAUGUAUAAUAACAUCGAAGAAUGGAGGUAUUAUUGUUGUGCAAAAUAUUUUAACAUUCACAAUUUGUAAUGUUUUGUUGUUUUGUUAUGUUUUACAUAAUUUCACUUUAUACCUGAGGUUCAGUAAAUGAUGUCAGUCUGUGGGGGAAGGAGGUGAAUUUCAUGCAGAAGGACUGUAAAUUCUGGCUGCUGGAAGAUGGUCAGGAAAUCCCUGACCUGGAAGAGCUCAGUGUGUGCGUCAACAUAAAGAGGAAGAUCAGCAAUUCGCACUGGACCGUGUUCACGUACCUGCACCCUGAUAAGACGCACAUAGAGCUAGGGAUGAAGGGUCAUGGAAAAGACCUCUAUAUCAUAAUGUUUGAGAGAGUUUGGACCAUUUCUUCUGUGGUGUCCUUGGAUAACUGGCAUUCAGUUUGCAUGACGUGGUCCAAGUCUAUGAUUGAGCCAAAAGUAUAUGUUAAUGGAUCCAAGGUGGUCUUAAAAGCACAGUUUGAAGGAAUGGCUCUGCACCCUCACUACCAUAUUGUGGCCGGUGGUGGCACUUUGACUUUAGCUGUGGCCCACAGUUUUGUAAAGGACAAUAUUAACAUUGAAACAGGAACUGAACUAAAGGGCAGUUUAAGUCAGUUCAGGGUGUGGAAACAUGUACGUACCGCUGAGGACAUUUCAGGGAAGACCUGCACUGAUGGGGAUGUUCUGCAUUGGGAUGAAAGAAUCUGGAAAGAAAUCAAAGACUGUCAUCCUAUAGAUGACAAUACGCAACAGUGUGACUGGCCUUAUUAUGAAGUAAAAUUAGUGAUCAUCAUCCAUCGUGAAGAUGGAAACAAAACAAAUAUUUAUGAUGCUAAAGAAGUUGUACAUCAAUGGUUGACAAAAGCAAUAGGAGAGUUAAAAUUCGGGCAGUCAUACAUAUAUUUCCACGAAGUGUUUCCUUUAGGAGGCUUACAUACACUUUCCAGUAGUAAUGCAGAGGAGGGAACCAUGAAAUUGUGGGCCACAAGUCCUGGAAUCAGCCAGUUUAACUGCUUAGCUCAACUGACUGUGGUUCCUAGUGCUAAUGUAGGGAAAAUGCAGGUAGAACUCUCGGAGAUUCUCGCCAAGAGAAACAAAAUAGACCACUAUGAAAUAUUUACAGAUCCUGAUUUCAUCUUCAUAUACCCUCUUGAGGAUCUCCGACCAAACACAACCCCACCAAUAACAGCGACGACAUCUUUGCCUCGCACAACUGAAACACCAACAACCACAGCUCCUCAGCCGACUACUGAAAUCAUGACUACUGCAAAAACAAUAGGAACAACACAUAUACAAAUGGAAGCAACAACAGCAGUUGUCUCAUCCUCUACUGAAACAACAAUCACUAUCUCCACACCAUUCAUGGAAACAACCCUGGCAGAAAGUUCCUCGACAAUUAAACACACAACAGUUUUAUCCUCCACAACAAGUCUUACAUUAAAAACAACUACAUGCUCUUCUAUAGUGUCACCUGAAGGAAUAAAAUCAGAUAGUUAUUUCAAUGUCAACGUCAAUGUGACAAUAAACGGCUCUGGUGACCCUAAGAAUAUCAUUGAAACCUGGCUUAAUGAAACUCUUUCUAGUAAAGGAAUAUCUGUGUUCCACUUUAAACUCUUGACCUCCUCAACACAUGCACGAAAACGAAGUGUGGAAACAAAAUCAUCCCAAGUGGUUAGAAAGCAUUCCCUGCUCUCAGUAACAAGACAAAGCUGUGUCUUUCAUGCUCGGGUAACAACUUCCUCAAACAUCACAGAGACACAAAAACAAAUUCAUUUUCUUCUGGAGAAAACAUACACCAGUGGAUCAGUAUGCUUGGAUGCCCAGCCUGACGACAUUUUAAUUUCUUAUAUUGGGCCAUGUCCUGAACACAACCAUCACACCAGACAGGGGCUUUUCAAAUGGCCCCAAACUGAUGUUCAGCGCAUUGCAUCGCUUUCCUGUGAAGGAAACCCUGAAAAGACAGCAUUUAGGGAAUGUUUUCUGGAUGCAAACUCUAACGAUGCUCUUUGGAAGUCUCCAGACUUGGGCGAUUGCCAGGUUGUGGUCAACAGAUUGUCAGAUCUGGAGGGCAUUAUAGUCACUACUGACAAUGCAGAAGAUAUUCUGAUGAUGAUUAAGGACUUGAUACAUGAGAUCAAAGAUCUGGAUGAGAAUGAGCUCUCAACUGUACUGAAUAAACUGUCCGAUGUGAUUAACGUUAGAGUGAUCACACCUCCGCUGGGAGAGGUCAUCAUCAGCAUCACGUCUGACAUCCUGGAGUCUAAAAGCAACCUGCAGCCUUUCACCAACAGUAUUCUGAACAUCACAGAGGCUGUUGGAGACCAGAUGUUAGGGUUCACUGGAGGCUUAGUCAGUUUAACAGCUUCUGCCAUGGCAAUAUCAGUGGUCAAUAUUGACCAAGACAAUUUUCAUAACCUCACCUUUGGAGUCUCAUCCACUAACAAAGGCUUUAACCCUGAGAUUUAUAUCAACCAGGAGCCUUUUGAUGGUACAGUGGCCUUUGUUUCUCUUCCCUCUGAAAUACAAGACAGAUUCCCAAUCGUAAACAACACCAGCCCCCGUAUUCAGUUUCAGUUUUAUGGUGUUCCAACUCUUUUUCAAACAAAGAAUAACCCAGAUAUGAAAAAACUGAACACUUACGUGGUGUCUGCAAGUGUGACUAAUGCCACAGGAAACAUUGAAAACCUAAAAGAAUAUGUUGCAGUCACUCUGCACCAUCUAAAAGAUAAGAGAAAGGACCAGAAUGUCCAGUGUGUCUACUGGGAUUUCAAUAAGAAUGAUGGAUAUGGAGGAUGGAGUCCAAAGGGGUGCUGGACAUAUAACAUCAGCAAAGAUUACACAACCUGUCUGUGUGACCACAUGACCCACUUUGGAGUGCUGCUGGAUGUGUCUAGAACUCCCAUUGAUGAAAAGAAUGAGAGAAUCCUUACUCUUAUUACAUACCUGGGCUGUGGUGUGUCUUCAUGCUUUCUUGGGAUCACAGUGCUAACAUACACCCUCUUAGAGAAGUUAAGAAGAGACUACCCAUCCAAAAUUCUUUUGAACCUGUCCAUUGCAUUACUGGGACUGAACCUGGUGUUUCUACUGAACUCCUGGAUUUCUUCUUUUGACAUCUAUGGCCUAUGCAUUGCUGUGGCUGUGACCUUACACUAUUUCUUACUGACUUCCUUUACCUGGAUGGGCCUGGGGGCUGUGAAUAUGUACUUUGCUUUGGUCAAAGUUUUCAAUGUGUAUGUGCCCUCGUACAUCUUGAAAUUCUGCCUGCUUGGCUGGGGGAUUCCACUUGUUAUAUGUGGCUUGGUGCUGGCUAUAAACAUGGAUGCGUAUGGCAUGAACAUCAUGAGUGAUUCCCAAAUGACCCUGGAUGAUUCUGAAAUGUUCUGCUGGGUACAAAAUGAUGUGGUAUUCUAUGUGACAGUGGUGAGCUACAUAGCCUUUAUACUACUGUGCAAUGGCUCCAUCUUCUUAGUGGUUCUGAUCCAGAUCAGAAACAUGCAAGUCAAUCAACCUGCUGGCACCCGAAGUGGGAUCUUGAAAGACCUGCGGGCUGUGGCGAGCCUUACCUUCUUACUGGGUCUCACCUGGUCUGUGGCUUUUCUCACUUGGGGUCCUGUCAAAGUGUUCCUCCUCUACUUGUUCUCCAUACUUAACAGCCUUCAAGGAUUCUUCAUUUUUGUGUUCCACUGUCUCAUGAAGGAAAACGUACGUAAGCAAUGGAGAAUACAUUUAUGUUGUGGAGCUUUCAAGCUGCAGGAAUACUCUGAAUGGAGCCAAACUGCAACUGUGGUUCCCAAACACAAACCCAAUCCACCAAAUACAUUUCCCUUCAUGGCAUCUGUGAGAUCCAUCAAAUCGAAUUCAACUCAGAGCUCAACUGUUUCCUCAGAAUCCAGCCAACGUCAAGUGACUAUCACAAGACCGGACCUGGGAUUUCUAUAUGAAAACAGUUUGGUAAUACCAAGAGCCAGGACAGGACUGUCGUUUCUUCCUCGUGAUGCAUCUCCUGCCACAGCAAGUGAGAUUGAGUUUUCUUCAAAGCCAUGGAUGAAUGGAUUCGACACAGAUAUUUAUCCCAAAUAAAUGUGACUGUUUGUUGCUCUGUACUAAAGCACAUGUUUUUCUGGAAACUUUCAGUUUUAAAAUGACACUUGCCUCUUCAGAAAAAUAAAUAUACAAAAAUAAAAAUGUAUGUAAAUUAAAAUGUCAAUUAGAUUAUAUCAAGAAAAAGUAUGUUGUACCUUAUACAACAAUGAUUUAACAGUAUGAUUUGUCUGUAAAAAUGUGAAAUUACCUAUAUGUUUCCAUAAUAA